CUCUCUCUCUAACAACUUUAUUAACUUCUUAAUUUCGGUGGGUUUGCAUGAAUGAAGAGACUCACAAAGUCGGCCUCACUAUGAUUCUCUCACGCCGGCGCUUCCAGAACCAACUUCAAUUUCAACCACAUCUCCCCCUCUCUCGUCUCUCUCAAUCCUUUUAACAAACACGUACAAAACAAAGCAGAGCUCUCGAAAUGAAAAUGCUUUUUCCACUCUCAUCAUUUUCUCUCACCAUUUUCCCACUGCCAUUGCUCUCUCUGUGAAUUCACGUCCCAAACACCGAACCCACCACGCCACCCAAACAAAGCCCAAAUCUUUACACAAAAGCAAUGCUAGAUCUCAACCUCAGCUUCGUCUGCAACGACGUCGUCUCCAGCUCCGACAACAACCUUCUUCACCUUCCCGCUACCACCUCCCCAAUCCAGAGCUCAGCCAGCUUCAACUCCUCCUCCAACCUCACUGCCGCCGGCGACGACGAAGACUCGUCCACCCUCAACUUCCUCUCCCCAAACGACGUCGCUGCAGACGACAACGCUCACUGUGAUGCUCGGACCAUCCAGCUCUUCCCGCUCGCGCAAUCCGUACUCUCUUCUUCUUCGUCGUCAUCGUCUUCGAGAAAGCAGUGGCUGGGACUAUCGUCCAAUUCCGGAUUGGAGGUGGAGCCGAGCUACUAUGCUCCUGCGGAGCAGAUCGUGCCCCUGCAGCAGAAAGUGAAGAAGAGCCGGAGAGGACCCAGGUCUCGGAGCUCUCAGUAUCGGGGCGUUACGUUCUAUCGGAGAACUGGGAGAUGGGAAUCUCAUAUUUGGGAUUGCGGGAAACAGGUGUACUUGGGAGGAUUUGACACUGCCCAUGCUGCAGCUAGGGCAUAUGAUCGAGCUGCGAUCAAGUUCCGUGGAACUGAAGCUGAUAUUAAUUUCAAUGUUAGUGAUUAUGAAGACGAUAUUAAGCAGAUGAGCAAUUUUACAAAGGAAGAGUUUGUGCAUAUCCUGCGUCGCCAGAGCACCGGAUUCUCUAGAGGAAGCUCAAAAUACAGGGGAGUCACGUUGCACAAAUGUGGCCGCUGGGAAGCUCGUAUGGGCCAGUUUCUGGGCAAGAAGUAUGUAUACCUGGGCCUAUUUGAUAGCGAGAUUGAAGCUGCAAGGGCAUAUGACAAGGCUGCCAUCAAAUGCAAUGGAAGAGAAGCAGUCACCAACUUUGAGCCAAACUCAUAUGAUGGUCAGAUAAUGUCUGAGGCCCACAAUGGAGGCAGUGACAAAAGUCUUGAUCUGAACUUGGGAAUUGCUCCCCCUUCGGUUUCUGAGCUCCAAAAGAACAACAGCAAUUUGAGCAGCUUCCCUGUUCAGCUAGGCUGCGAUGAUAUUCCUAUUCACAUGAGAACAAGGAAUGAGAACUCUGCUCCGGCACCUAUGAGGGCUCAACUGUCUCAUGGCUCAAUGGUGGCGUCUGAGGAGCCUCCUAUAAUGAGCAACAUAAAUUCCAGUUUCUUUCCCAUCCAAGUGGAAAGAGCAACGGAAAAGAGAAUGGAUGUCAACUCCUUCCCAAAUUGGGCAUGGCAACUCCAAGGCCUUAAUGGUGGAGCAACUCCAAUGCCACUCUUCUCUGCUGCAGCAUCAUCAGGAUUCCCUUCUUCAACAGCCACUUCACCACCAGCUGCUGUCACUCAACUUCAUUUUCCUAACACAACUAUUCUCCACCACCAUUUUUCACCAUCGACAGUCACCAACAACAUACCCGGUUUCUAUUGCAGGAGCUGAAAACCAGAACCAGAUAGGAUAUAAACCACGACACAUUAGUAUUUUAGUGUAGAAUGUAGUCACGGGAGGAGUAGAAAAAGAUUGGUAAUGAAAUUUGUUUUGCUAUGAUCAUGUAAAGCUUAUGAAACUUGAGGAUCUUGGUCUAGAGGCAUGGUAAAAUUGAGGUAGUUUUGCCUU